AUGGGCCUUCUGCUUGGAGAGAUUGAUGAGAAAAAAGUCUCCCAUAUUUCUGCAGUAAUUAUGUUAAGACGUUCAGAUAAACAAGCAGAUCGUGUGGAGAUUUCUCCUGAACAGCUCUCUGCUGCUUCAAUAAAAGCAGAGGAAUUAGCCCUUGAGCUUCAACGACCCUUACGUGUUCUUGGCUGGUACCAUUCUCACCCUCACAUCACAGUGUGGCCCUCACAUGUUGAUGUAAGAACUCAGGCAAUGUACCAAAUGAUGGAUCCUGGAUUUAUUGGUGUCAUCUUCUCCGUGUUUAAUGAAGAUAAAGCAACAAAGCAAAACAAGAUUCAAGUGACAUGCUUUCAGUCUAGAAAAAUAGGUCUUUCUGAUAAUCAAUAUGAACGAAUAGAGAUCCCACUUCAUAUAGUUCCAAGCACAAGUAUUGGCCAGGCUUGUCUUGAAUCCCUUGUGGAACUUCCCAGAAUUUUCAGCCAGGAAGAAGAGGAGGCCUACCAGAGUUUGGCUAGAAAACCCAACAUGGAUUUGAUUACAAAACUUCACAAUGCUUCAGUCUAUAGCCGCAGCCUAAGUGUUAUCAUGGAGGUGUUGAUGGGCCCCCUGAUGCAAAUUCUUGAGACCCGACACGAGCGCAAUCUUCUUCGCAUACAGGAACUCACACACAGACGCAAGCAGCUACAGAAUCAAAUUGGUGAAAAUUCUUGA